AUGAAACCUGGCCAAAGUAUUACGGCCGACACCUACUGUGCCCAGAUUGACAAACUGCGACACAAUCUUCCAACAAUGGUCAGAAGAAGGGGUCCGAUCAUUCUGCAGGAUAACGCACGGCCCCAUGCUGCAAAGAAGACCGUGGCAAAAUUCAGGGAACUGGGAUACGAAGUCUUGGAGCACCCUCCUUAUUCUCCAGACUUGGUUCCAACGGACUUUCACCUUUUUAAACACUUGUCUUCGUUUCUUAAUGGAAGAAUCUUCAAAACUCCAGACGAUGCCAAGACUGCCUUCAAGAAAUUCAUCAACUCCAGAAACCCGGAAUUCUACAAUCGUGGAAUAAAAAAGCUUGUAAAUCGUCGGCAAGACUGUAUUGAUUCAGACGGUAAUUACUUUGAUUGAUUGUAGUUGUUAAUUAUAUUGUUAUUAUUGUUAGUUCAAAAGUGAAUAAAUAUUGCAGAACUUUCCGGACAACCUAAUAUUUUCAGAAUAACACUUCUCCCUUAUCCUGGGACACGAAAAAGUCGAUUUGCUUAGGAUCUGCCUUAGGCCUUCACUUCUUACAUACAAUAGGAACAGCCCCAAUAAUUCACGGUGACGUGAAAUGUGCCAAUAUCUUGUUGGACAAACAUUUGGAGCCAAAGUUGGGAGAUUUUGGAUUGAGCAGAGAUGGUCAAGUUGAGUUAGAUGCUAGCGACAAAUCACCUAUGAUAGCGUCGCACAUCAAAGGAACGUUGGCUUAUCUGCCACCGGAGUUUACUAGGAGGUGAGUGUGUUAUAUCAGGUUGAACCAAAAGUAGCGGGACACUUCAUUUAUUUUUCAACUUAAAAGUGUCCCGCUACUUUUGUUUCAACCUAAUAUUAUAGUAAGGGUUUUUAGGGAUUGAAUAGUGGUUUUGGGGGUCUUUUUUAGUUUAGCUGAUAUUAGGUUGCUCAAAUAAUUCUGUGCCUUUAAACUCCGACAAUUUGCUUUGAGAGGGAGCACAUAAUUACUUGAACAACCUGUUAAUUCAUUAAAUGAUUUUUAGUAAAAUAUUGACCACUAAACUUGAUGUCUAUAGCUUUGGAGUUGUUUUGUUGGAAGUCGCUACAGGUUCGUUUACUUUUUUAAAUUUUUAUUUGAAAAUUAUGAUUUUAGACAGGUUUUCACCCAAAAACUUGAAAAAAACUUGUCAUUUGUCUCUAAAUGUGUGAUGAUAUGGUAUUUUCUUUGCUUUUACAUAAAUAUUGUCAUGUUGUUGUAAAUAAACAUUGUUCUGCUUUUAAAACUUUAUAUUUCAGGUCAAAGAGCCUACUCGGACAACAGAGAACCUCAUGGAUUAGUCAAUUUUGUAGCCAAACGAUACAAUGAACUCAGAAGACGGUCGAAUUUUGAAGAGGAGCUAUUCAAGGAGUUGUCUGACAAAAGGGUGCCGAUUACUAAAGAUGGUAAGGCUACUUUUUAAUGUUCCUUAAAUUUGAACGUGGCAUCAGUGCCAAACAGGCAAUUUUGGCGUAUAGGAGAUAAAGGACAAAAUUUUUUGUCAGUGGGCAUUCAAUGUGGACUUUUUUUCAAAAAUUUAAAGCUAGAAAGUUACGACUCCGUGUUUUACCUUCAUUUACUUAUUUCAGUUCCAGAAGCUGCAAUUUUCAAAAAGCUUCUACAUCUAGGAUCUCAAGCUUCUGUGGAAGAUCGACUAAAACGACCUUCAUUUUCUGAAAUUGUUGUGGCAUUACAAGAACUGUAA